UAUUUUUCUGUCUGGAAAUAAAGUUUUUGAGCAUCCUUGCAAUGAAGAGAACCCAGGGAAGUUCCUUUUUGAAGUAGUUCCAGGAGGCGAUCGAGAUCGGAUGACAGCAAAUCAUGAGAGCUACCUCCUCAUGGCAAGCACCCAGAAUGAUAUGGAAGACUGGGUGAAGUCCAUCCGCCGAGUCAUAUGGGGACCUUUUGGAGGAGGCAUUUUUGGACAGAAACUGGAGGAUACUGUUCGUUAUGAGAAGAGAUACGGAAACCGUCUGGCUCCGAUGUUGGUGGAGCAGUGCGUGGACUUUAUCCGACAAAGGGGGCUGAAAGAAGAGGGACUCUUUCGACUGCCAGGCCAGGCUAAUCUUGUUAAGGAGCUCCAAGAUGCCUUUGACUGUGGGGAGAAGCCAUCAUUUGACAGCAACACAGAUGUACACACGGUGGCAUCACUUCUUAAGCUGUACCUCCGAGAACUUCCAGAACCAGUUAUUCCUUAUGCGAAGUAUGAAGAUUUUUUGUCAUGUGCCAAACUGCUCAGUAAGGAAGAGGAAGCGGGUGUUAAGGAAUUAGCAAAGCAGGUGAAGAGUUUGCCAGUGGUAAAUUACAACCUCCUCAAGUAUAUUUGCAGGUUCUUGGAUGAAGUACAGUCCUACUCGGGAGUUAACAAAAUGAGUGUGCAGAACUUGGCAACUGUCUUUGGUCCUAACAUCCUGCGCCCCAAAGUGGAAGAUCCUUUGACUAUCAUGGAGGGCACCGUGGUGGUCCAGCAGUUGAUGUCAAUGAUGAUUAGCAAACAUGAUUGCCUCUUUCCCAAAGAUGCAGAACUACAAAGCAAACCCCAAGAUGGAGUGAGCAACAACAACAAUGAAAUUCAAAAGAAAGCCACCAUGGGGCAGUUACAGAACAAGGAGAACAAUAACACCAAGAACAGCCCUGGUAGGCAGUGCUCCUGGGACAAGUCUGAGUCUCCCCAGAGAAGCAGCAUGGACAAUGGAUCCCCCACAGCUCUAUCAGGCAGCAAAACCAACAGCCCAAGGAACAGCGUUCACAAGCUAGAUGUGUCUAGAAGCCCCCCUCUCAUGGUCAAAAAGAACCCAGCCUUUAAUAAGGGUAGUGGGAUAGUUACCAAUGGGUCCUUCAGCAGCAGUAAUGCAGAAGGUCUUGAGAAAGCGCAAACCACCCCCAAUGGAAGCCUACAGUCUAGAAGGACCUCUUCACUGAAGGGAUCUGGUACCAAAAUGGGCACGCACAGUGUACAGAAUGGAACGGUGCGCAUGGGCAUUUUGAACAGCGACACACACGGGAACCCUGCAAAUGGACGAAACAUGAGCUGGCUGCCAAAUGGCUAUGUGACCCUGAGGGAUAACAAGCAGAAAGAACAAGCUGGAGAGUCAGGCCAGCACAACAGACUGUCCACCUACGAUAACGUCCAUCAACAGUUCUCCAUGAUGAACCUUGAUGACAAGCAGAGCAUCGACAGCGCCACCUGGUCCACUUCCUCCUGUGAAAUCUCCCUCCCUGAGAACUCCAACUCCUGCCGCUCUUCCACCACCACCUGUCCAGAGCAAGACUUUUAUGGGGGGAACUUUGAGGACCCUGUUUUGGAUGGGCCCCCACAGGAAGACCUUUCCCACCCCAGGGACUAUGAAAGCAAAAGUGACCAUAGGAGUGUGGGAGGUCGAAGUAGUCGUGCCACCAGCAGCAGUGACAACAGUGAGACAUUUGUUGGUAACAGCAGCAGCAACCACAGUGCACUGCACAGUUUAGUUUCCAGCCUGAAACAGGAAAUGACCAAACAGAAGAUAGAGUAUGAGUCCAGGAUAAAGAGGUGA